GCAGACCGCCUGGGUGUACCUCCUGACAGCGAGCUAUCAACUGGUUGAUAGCAUAUACUUGCCUUUCUUGGUCACGACAGGCUCUGGCUUCUGACACUUUCAAGGCGACGUCUGGAACCGUCUGCAGGGUUGUCCUCUUCUGCUCUGGGACGGUCGACACGAUCAGUCGAAAGCCAGACGACAUUUCCUCUUCUGCCUUCCGGGCCGGCUUCCCCGAGGGCAACAUCUCUCCAUAUUGACCGCCAUUCAUCCUAAACCUUCCGUCCCUUCCCUUCACCAACUGUCGCGCUACCCUCAACGCAGAUGUCACGUCCACCUCCUUCGAGUUUGGCCGUUCUCUUAAGGGAGCUGAAGAUGAAGAAGGAACAGGUGGAGAGCGGGAACUUGAUGCCCCCGCUGAUGAGGUCACUCCCUGGGGGGAUCGGGGAUGAGGCUGAGAGAACCGGAGGAGCAGGGGAUGGAGGAAGGAUCGCAGGAACGGAGGACAUUGGAGGGCAACAAACUAUCAGCCUGGGCGCCGGCUCAUCUACGACUCCACAGACCCUAUACCCACCGCCUGCCUCUUCUAUGCCCGUAUUCCGAGUUCAGACCAUGGCACCCUCACCUACUCAAGCAGUCGACCCCAACCCUCGAACCUCGCCAGUCAGAUCCAACACCCAGUCAACCCCCAAUCCCAACCCAACAUCUCACGCGUUGCGCAAUUCCCCGCCAAAUAGCAUUCAACUUCCACCCCAUCAAGGGUCACUAUAUGCGCUCCGCCCGUCAACGCCCUCGCCACCAAUACUCCAACCUGCUGAAAAUAUAGCAUAUAUGCCCUUCGUUAACCCUUUGGUGACGAACCUGACCCCUAGGAUCCCAACACCUGCUUCGUCGUCGUCUCCCACCGGUGAGGGAAGUAUUAGCCCAUCUGUACCGACUGUCCCUCCUUCCGCCGGUGCAUGGCCCGAAUUACCAGAUCUCCAAUCCUCAGCGUACCCCACCCCGCCAGCACAAUCCCAACCCCAACCCCACGCCCAAGGUCAACAACUACCCCCACCUUUCACCCAAGCACAACUCUUACCCUCGUCAUUGAACACGCACCGACCAGCACUAGCAGGUCAGAUCCCGCCCUCAGCCCACUCUCUACCUACUCUUUCCCCUCAAGUCCAAUCGCAACAGCGACCGCGACCGCGACCUCAGUCUCGACCUCAACCUCAAUCCUCCGCCGGGCCAAGCAAGCCAUCCUCCACCCGGCGCAAAUCAGCUUCGACGCGUACCCCAGCCGGCGAAUCCUCCCUUUCCGCUACUCGACCCCGGGGACGCCCCAACCCCGCUAGGACAAGACCGCCUCCGAUCGUCACCGCGCAGGAUAGUGACCUUCCCUGGUCUCCGGAGUCGAUGGUCACUCCACAAGCACAUCCCACUGCUUGGGGAGCUCUGGAUGCCGAAGCACAAGCACAAGCACAAUUUCAGACGGUUUCACUGGCAGAAGUCCAUGCUCGAGUCCAAGCCCAAGCCCAAGCCCAAGGGCAGGCAACAGGUUUCACCGUAGUACAGAUCCCAGGCGUGAACAAGAGGUUUAUGUCAUUCCCCUUGGAUCCCGCCUUUGCCAAGAACGAGGUGACGUUCACAAACCUAUAUAGUCAACUUUAUGAGCCCCAGUUCGCGCUCAUGGCCCUGAACCAGAUUUUAAGAUUCUUUUCCAAUAGCCUGGGCUGGUAUUUCCAGAGUAUACCCUGGGCUGUUGUCCUCGCCGAGCAAGCGAUGCGUGCAGCCACUUAUUUCAGACUCCAAAGCACCUCCCAAUCGUUUCAAUUUGUCAACCAGCUCCUCCCAGGCAUUGGCACACUCAUGGAGUCUCUCUCCAAGUACGCAGCAGCAUUCCUCAACACCUCGACACCUGCAAACGAACAGGCGCCUGCUGCUACCUAUUUCCCCUCCCCACUUCGCGUUGAGCUCUGGCGACGGUAUAAUGAUCUUACUUCUGCAUGGCAUGAGGUGAAUAGUCGAUUCGACGGUGGCCCGCAGCGCGCCGCGCUCAUCCUUCGCGAAAGCGGGCGCAGCACCUUCGUCUUCGCCAACCAAAAUGCGGCCGCCAAUUGGGGCAUCAGUCAGCCAAUGCCGCUUUCCGUCUCUUGUGGCCCAUACCUGGACUGUAUAGCGCGCGUGACGAAGGAGGAAGAAGAACGGUAUUUGAUGGGACAAGUACAGGCUCAGCAGCAGCUCCACCAAGCGCAGAUGAGACAGCAGCAAAGACUCUAUUUCCAGCAGGAUGUACAGAAUACGCUCCAGCAGGGACAUCUGCCUGGUCCUCUCUCGGUACAGACGCAGAUACAAGCAACCCCAAGUGCACGAUCAUCCCUGCCCUUGUCAGCACGCGGAUCUCCGGCAGCCCAGUCACCCGCAUCACUGGGCAGUCAUAGUGCUACCCCUCCGAGCUCUAUCAGAAUACCGCAAAACAAGUACAUUCAGUCACCUAACGUGCCACUGGCGCAAAUGACCCCAUCGAUAGCGACUGGUACGGUUCCUGCAGGGCGGGGACAGCAGUCUGGAAGGCCUGCAGUGACUCGUGCUGCACCUAGGACACAAGUCUCGCACCAGCAAAUCCCGCAGACCGAGGCUCAGAGAGUCAUUGCUGUCAUGUCCACUCAUCAGCAAGCCGUCCAGGCUGCCGUCGCUGCUCAGGGACAACUACCUUCGCAGAUUCAAAUAACGCAAGAUCAAUUUGAGAAGCUACAGCAGCUGAAGGAGGCACACCGUCGCGCAAGUGGGGAAGCAGGUACACCUACAGAGACGGCAGUUCCGCUCACAGAUCCUUCGGGUUGGCCGGAGUCACCUGAACCACCCUUUCCCCCGAGUGUCUUUCAGCCUGUUGUAAACACGGAAGGCGGUGCAAGGCCUUCUGCAGGAGGGAAUGUGCUGCACCUUCGUGGCACUCACGUUGAUGCCCAGAGACCUGUUGAGCACCGUGCCGUCUCUGGUAGCAACCAACCCCCAGGAUCCGAGGUUCCCCCUGGCGCCUCCAUUCCUUCCGUGAUGGCUGCUCCAAGCCGCUCCCCGUCUCAAACACAAUUUCCCCUUAAGCCUCCGCUCACCGUUCCUCCGUCUCAAAGUCCCGAAACUCCACGCUCUCCCAUUCUGACUGAAGCAGAUGCAAGGCGGAUCAGAGAAGAACGGAGGAAAAGAGUGGAAGCACGAAAGCAAAAAGAACGACAGAAACUCGUACUAAUCGAUCUGACAACGCCAAGCCCGCUAAAGAUCAAGCUGGAAAUGGAUGAAGACGGCUCGGGGAUCAAGCCAGAGGCAUCCGAUGGUCCGAUCACGUCACCUCGUCCAAAGAAAAAACGCAAAUCAGAUACAGAGGUGGCUUUCCAUGCAGAAUCCAGUCCAGAUGCACCUAACAGCCAGUCUAACCUUCUUGGUCUCACAAUUGGCCCUCAAGCUAUCGUGCGAUCCUCUGAAGAAAGUGGGAAAUCGUCUACCCCUUCGACAGAUAAUCGAGAGAGAGAAAGGCCAUCUCUAACUCCCGCUACCACACAUUCAGUCGAAGAGCAACAGUGGUCUAUCUGGAACGAACCUGAACUUCCCGCGCUGCGUGCUUUCAUUUCGGCUCAAGCUCCCGGUAAGUCGGCGGCUGAGAUUGAGCAGUACUUGGGCAGUAUAUCUCGAAAGUCUAUCAAAGCUGGGAAGUUUCACCUGGGUGAAACUCGUCACGGAGAUAGCAAAAGUGUACAUGUCGUUUUCCGCACUGCUCAGGACCAUGUUGGUGGACAAGAUCCUGCCAUCCUGUCGGCCGUGAAAUCAGGAAAGUUGGCCUCGCCAAAUCCCACGGACAGACUUGAAGAGAUCGGAACGGGAGAUAAUGAGGUAGCAAUGGAACGCCUUCAAACAAUGGAAAGACCCGUCUUCAUGCAACAAGCUUCUUUCACCGAAAUUGGGCAGGCCACGACAAGUCACAUCGAAACCGGACAACAGCUAAAGGUAUCUGAAAAGGCAGCUUCAGUUGUGUCACCUUGGGGUCCUCUGAAGCAGGAUAGUGCCCAAUCUUCAAGUGAAGAACCCAAGGGGCCGGUGUAUUCAGUAUCCGAAGAACAGUCGGCCGAGGACAUGCAGCUUGACAAACAUUAUCCAUCCAACCUUGAACCUCGCGAACUCUCCCCAUUCACCCCAGUUCCCUCUGAAUUUGAAGACAUGGAAGACCUUGAAGACGCGUCCACUGUGGAACCAGACGGACUUCACAAUGCUUCUGACUCAGAAAACGAGCAGGAGGAGGUGGAGCUGGCGGUAGCUGCCAGGACCAUGCCGGUGUCGGAGCCCCCGGACACACCGCCACUGGACAAUUCUGUUCACAGCUCCUUGACCCCUUUCGUAGAGAGUGGAGUACAUACUGAACGAACUGAGGACGACCGCUGCAAGGACUGCGUCGCAAUUAUGGAGAACAAAACUCUGAAGCUUGCCACUGAGCAUGGACGGUUCCCCAAUUUCCCUCUGCCUGAGCAGCAGUCUGAAAGAUGGCACUGCUUUGAGUGGGAUAGUGGACCGCCUGAACCAGGGCGUAUUGAAUGGAAUUGGUCUUUUUUCCUCACCAAGGAAGAGACGGAGGCAACACGUAGGUGGGCCCAACGAUUUGACGCAUUCGAUCCCACUGCACCGCACCUUAUUAUUCAGCUUGGGGUCUACAAUGCAGAGCAACUACGCGAACAUUUCCUUCAGCAGGCAGAAGCAGAUAAACCGAUGGACGUCGUGGGCAUUCCCUGCUCCUUCCCGCCAACUGGCUUGUAUGGGAUGCUCAAUGACAGCACCGACCACAAGUUCGGCAUAUCACUCUGGCGACACCCAUCGGCGGAGGCGAUCGAUCUUUCAAAUUCUGUUGGUGAAGGGCUGAACAAGAUUAAGAUAAAUGCUGCAAAACUAUGGGAGGACAAGACGAUAAUUCUCGAGCGAAGAUGGCCGUCCGAAGAGGAGUGGGACGAAAUCGUUGAAUGGUAUCAUAGAGGAGAGAAGAUGCUUCUGGAUCAUGUUUCCGCUCUGUGGAACAUGAAGUUGGAUGGUGAAGACAAGAUCCCAAGUGCGAGCAUGCUAGCCGAGACCACAACAGAACGGUGGUGGGAGCGGUAUAAGGGGAAAACACCCAUCGUAGCUGCGUCAAGCGCUGCCGUGAUAUGACGGUGGCCGGCGGUUGAAUCAUGAUUGUGCCUGUUUGAAGUUGAACGAAGUCGGCAUACCUGUCAAGAUAUAUCUGGACCAUACCCUCAGUGAUAUUUUCCCCUGCUUCUGUAUUGUAUUCAUCUGGGGUAUCUGUGAUGUUUUUCGCUCUCUGUUCUUGUUAGCUUGGCGAAGUAGAACAGUCGUUAUCCCAUGUGUUUCUCUCCACUCGUACUAUCAUGUCAUCUUCCUUAGUUGAGAAAA